AUGGGAAAAAUUCCCUGUGCAUCACCAGCCCAACCAAACAUGAUGACUCCAUCGUCGAGCUUCAAACCAAUAUUGAACGAUCAAGAUUAUAUGGAGCUGGUUUGCGAAAAUGGGCAGAUUCUUGCAAAGAGUCCAAAACCCAACAACAUCUGUUCUUUUCAGAUUCAACGUACGCAAUCUCUCUUGGAUUUGUAUGAGACUGAGUACGAUGAGGGAUUCAAGAAAAUCAUCAAGAAUCUUUGUGACACACAAGUUGUUCCGGUGAGCCAAUCUCAGCGACACCAAGAUGAAGAAAACUAUGAGCAAACGAAUAAUAUCAAUACUAAGAAAAGGAAGACUAAGCCCUUGGAGAUCGAGUUUGAGAGAGAUGUCUCGAAGAGCAACAAAGUUGUUGAAUCAUCAACUGAUAAGGAUGGUUCUUUCAAAGCUUCAAAGAAUGUCGGUGUUAUAACAGCUCCUCCUGAUGAGCAAUCUGCUGCCGUUGGAAGAUCAACGGAAUUGUAUUUUGCUUCUUCUUCCAAGUUAUCUCGAGGAACUUCGAGAGAUCAAAGAAGUUGUUCUUUAAAGAGAAAGUAUGGAGACGUUGAAGAAGAAGAAUCAACAACCUAUCUUAGUAAUAAUUCGGAUGAUGAAUCAGAAGACUCGAAGACGACACAAGUUUCUCCGAGAACAAGAAAGACGGUGACUAGGAGAAAACGAAGCACAGAAGUCCAUAAAUUAUCUGAAAGAAAACGAAGAAACGAAAUCAACAAGAAAAUGCGUGCUUUGCAGGAUCUACUACCUAACUAUUACAAGGAUGACAAAGUAUCAUUGUUGGAUGAGGCUAUCAAAUAUAUGAGGACCCUUCAACUUCAAGUUCAGAUGAUGAGUAUGGGAAAUGGAUUAGUAAGACCACCUACGAUAUUGCCAAUGGGUCAUCAUUACUCUCACAUGGGUCUUGGAAUGCAUAUGGGUGCAGCAGCAACUCCAACAACAUCAUUACCGCAAUUUCUGCCUAUGAAUGUUCAAGGGAUUAACAAUGAAUCAUCACAAAUGCUAAGCUUUCUUAAUCAGCCCCAUCAUCACAUCUUCUCUCCAUUGGGAGGUUGCUCUCAGCGAUACGUGCCUUCGUGUGUUCCUCAGACUACUUCUUUUACGCAAUUCCCAAAUUCUGCUUCGACCUCAAACUUAGAAGAUGGAACGCAAUUUAGAGGAAGCAAUGGUUAUUAUCCCUAG